AGUCACAUGAACAUUUAAACAGCAAUACUACUUCACUUUAUAUUAAUUGUGAUUAAAUUUGUAUUAACGCUUGUUCGGGAUGUUGUAGUUAGUAUGCAUUCCCAGAAUUUGCGCUUUUAAAUACUUCGUUUCAUCUACUGGAUUUAAGUUGCACAUACAUAGACAAAGAAGAUUCUUUAUUUUUUGGAAAUGGAUUGUGUAAAAAGGUAUCAAUAUAUCGAGAUGUCAAACAACAACCUCUCAGACGGGUCAGAUCAAAUUUCUCUGAAGUCAAACUGUACCGCAAAUCAGUUGCCCACACCAAGCGUACCGUCUGCAUCUGUCCAAAGAUCUGAUGGAAAAGCGUUUGACGCAGGACCUUCAUUCAGGGGUGUCAAUUUUCCGGAUUAUUCCGGAAAUCCGGAUUUGAGCCGUCCAGGGUUGAUUUUGAGAGAAAUAUCAAAAGGUACACAUGACGAGAUCAUACAAUUUGCUGAAAAUACAGAGAAAGAGACAAGAGGGGUGGAAGGAGGAGUUAUAAAUGAUGAAGAAGCUUUUAUCAGUUUGAAAGAAAGGCGUGGUGAAGAUGAGUCAAAACAUUCCAGAAUAAUUGGAAAAGGUUCUUUUGGGACGGUCGAAUUACUUCAUGUUGGGACAAAGGAAAUUGUCAGGAAAAAGGUCCAGAGAAACCAAUUUAAGACGACCGAAGCCAAACUUCCAUGUUCUUUGAAGCAUCUCAAUAUUGUGUUAUGUUUGGGGCUGAUUUGUAAAGAAACAACGGUAGAGAUCUUCUUUGAACAUGCUGGCAUAAAUCUGUGUGAACAUAUGAAGCGUUAUUCAAAGCUGCAAAAUGCUACCAAUCGAGAACAGCAAUAUGCAAUAAACUUGAAUUUGUUCAAACAACUGAUAAGCGCCUUAAAAUAUCUACAUACUUGCGGCCAUCGACAUCUGGAUGUAAAACCUGCCAACAUAUGUAUCUCUCAAGAUGGCAGUGAUUUACUCAAGCUCAUUGAUUGGGGGUCUGCCAAAAUGAGGUAUGAGGUGAACGACUUCACGGGCAUGACACCCCAAUACAGAGCUCCUGAAAUUGACAGAUAUCUACACCAAGGAUGCAAGGAUGAAGAGAUUGUCGGAAUGGCUGACAUGUUCUCAUCUGGUCUGGUCUGGAUGUAUAUGUUGGAUCUAAAGCAUUUUCUAAAAGGAGAUGGAGAUGCGGCGAAAGCUGGAAAGAAUUUUCUUGCCUGGCUGGUCUUGAAUGGCAGAUUCAUCCCAAUCAAGUUCCAACAAUUAAAUCGCAAGCUGGGGGUUCAACUCUUGAAGAACAAUCCGUCCGAAAGAUGGACUUCAUCUCAGGCGUGGGAUGCUCUAAAAGAAAAUGAACUCCAGGAAAUGACUCCAAAAGAAAGAAGAGAGAAUCCAACAACCAGCAGUGACUCCACAGCUAGCAGUGUUGCUAUGAAUACAGCUCAUAUUCACGUCAAGAAUGAAACCAAUCCAAGAGAGACCAUGCCUUUGAAAGUGGAAGACCUUCAUGAAUACAGGGCCACACACCUGCCUGCCAAGUUUACAAAUCCCAGGCAUGACCCUGAUAAUGGUACAGAUUUGUCAAGUAUCAAGGUUGCCAAUCCUGAAGGAUGGGAACCAACGCACAUUGCUGUGUCAUUCAGUACAUCAGUUAAAAUUGAUGUUGAACUGGCCUUGCGGGACCAGGCAGUGGGUCAACGUGCAGUACAGGAAGGAAAUGAACAUGGUCUGUUAACAGGAAAUUAAUCCGAUGUUGUGGAAUAGGAAGAGAGACAACAAUCUUCCGCAGAUGAUGCUGCAGAACAAUCAGUUGACAGAAUGAUUGUGCAAGAACAGUGAAUAUGUGUUGACAACAACAACCAUUCAACGUUGGGACACUACAACUACAUGAACACUUGUAUUUUUUGAAAAUCAAUGUGCUAACAGUGUGAUUAGUGAUGCUUUAUUACCGCCGAUUAGGAAUGUGUGUAUGAAUUUACAGUUAUAUAUACUAGAUGCGAUUGAGUAUGUUUAAUGCUAUACACGUACAUCAAUAUAUAUAAUGCAAGACCAUUGAUUUACUAUCAGAAAAUAAAACGUUGCAAUACAAA